ACACACACGCUGGUUCACACGCUGCGUUCUGUGCAGACCAUGUGUCUGUAUGUCAAGUAUCAAGGAUUACCGUCAGCAGUUCGGUGUUUCCCCGCCAUUCCCGCUCACCUAGCAUUAGCAUUAGCGCGACUAACUGUUCUCUCCACUCGGAUCGAUUCACUCGCUUCCUCACCAAAAGCGAUUCUUCUCCAGACGGUCGAGCGUCGACUUUAGACCCCAAACUUCGGCAUUCCUCCUGACGCAACACGAAAGAUAACCAAUAGAAAGUAACGUUACAUACACGUUAGCUUACCUUUCUAAUGGCUAACGGUUCUCUAAUGUCAGCGUGCUACCUGACAAUUCUCAUAUUUAUCCUGUUGCUGCUUCUUCUGCUUCCGCUCUCAGUGGACUGGACAUGAAUUGAAUCCAUGAAUCAAAUCUCCAUUUUGGAUUAUGGCUCUGGUAGCAGCAGCGACCUGUCAAUCACAGUAAGCCCCGCCCUAAAGUCUACUCCUCUUUAUGGUCUGUUUGACUCUAAAUGACCUUAAUGUACUAAAUGAUGACAUCAUGCUGUAUCGAAGAAGACUUGAAACCAGAGAUUGAGACAGAAAAUCAAGGGACAAUUUUCUCAUAGACUUCUAUACAAUCUGACUUCUCUUUGCAACCAGAGUCGUCGCCCCCUGCUGGUCACUCGCCGGAUUUCAAGUAAUUUGUCAUUUUCAAUUAGUCUGCCUUUGACAUUUUUGUUAGGUUUUUAUAUGUUGACUACAUAUAUUCAUAAUUUCUUUGGAUAUGUUUUUAGACUUAAAAACAGUUUGCCAACAAACAUUUACUGUUGGAAUUUUGGUUGAUGAAAUUAACUGUUAGACCUCUUAUCAGAUGUUUGGAAAUUAUUGUUUUUCACUGUUAUGACCCACAAUAUUACAGCCGACUCGUUAUGAUAAGCUGAACACGUGCAGUUUGUUGUGGAUGCAUAUGUUCACACCAGCUGCGCUUCUUUCUCACACAAUACUGCUUUCAGUUGGAUUUAGUCCUGAGGAUCACAUUCGUAGUGAGUAAUGGACUUAUUCAUGUCCAGCUGACUAACUCUCAUCCUGCGACAUACUCGGUGUAGCCGUUGUCUGGUUUAACUUAACCUGUUUUCACGAUUCUUAUUUCCUGGAAAAAGUUCUUUGCAUUUCGAAGGGCUUUUAAGUUGAAAAGUGUCCGUGGACAUUGUUCACGAGUUCACACAUUCAAUGUUCUGUCUGUCACUUUAAGGGGCGCAUAAAGGCAAAUCGCCCCAGUCCCUCGUGUCUCGCUCAGACUGCUCCAGUGUGUGUGUGUGUGUGUGUGUGAGAGAGAGAGAGAGAGCCAUCAGGGGGUAUGAGCUGAGAAUAAAAGGGAGCUUCGCGGAGCCACAAGUGUCCAGUUAUUAGCAUGCUGGUCUGGUCACUGUGGGCCUGCUGUUAGCGGACAAAGGUAGUCCAGUGAACCGCAGAUAAUCUCAGGGACGUGUAGGAAGGACACGUUGGCGUGGCACAAGUGAGAAAGAGAAGAGCAGCAAGCUUCUUUCUUUUUAUGUUUGAAAAUCUGAGAGCAAGACCCCGGCAAAUUUCCAAGCUUCUUUCCCAACGCGGGCCGUAUCCCGGCGACUAGUUAAGUCUUUCUUGGAUUCAAAAGAAGCACUCGACACGUCCCCAUCGCCUCGGCCCUCAGCAUUCCUGGACGCAGCAGGGGGAUCCUCGUCCUCCCCGAGAUGCCGAACCUCAACUCGCCGGAUGACAACAGCGCCGGGAAUCCUCUCCGGGACCCGGUGUCGCUGAACGUCGGCGGUGUUGUCUACACCACCACCCUGGACACGUUGACCCGCUGGCCCGACUCCAUGCUCGGCGCCAUGUUCACCGGACAGAUCCCCGUGCUGAGGGACAGCCGAGGGAACGUCUUCAUCGACCGAGACGGGAAGGCCUUCCGGCACAUUCUGAACUACCUGCGCUCCAGCUCGCUGGACCUGCCGGAUGGAUUCUCGGAGCUGGCGCUGCUGAGGAGGGAGGCGGACUUCUUCCAGAUACGCCCCCUGCUGGAGGACAUUGGCCGCUGCGAGGCGGCGGUGCCUCUCGGCCUCAGAGGAGGGCCGCUAGGAGCCAUGAUUGUGGUGAAUGUUGAUUCCAAGGUACGGUUGUUUUUAAGUGAAAGCAAUAGGACAGUUGUUUUUAGAUUGAAUCAACUCAAUGAGCCUUGUGCAUGUGGGAAAUCUGUUCACUUUACUAAUUAAUAAGUUGGUCCAGUUCAGAGAAUUUGUACGAGCAAAGCUCAGAAAAAAAGUUUUUUCUUGCAUGAGGCCCAUUAUUUGAGUUUUAAUUGAGGUUAGACAUCGACCAGGCGGACCAUUGACCCAGUUGGUAUGACGAUAAAAAAGACUCCUCGGGUUGUUGGAUCCAUCAAGGUGCUUUCAGACAGCCGUUACAGCUGUGAACUCAGUCUCCUCUAUUUUAAUUGGACGCCAUUUCUACUCAUAUAAUAUGUAUAAAAAUCAAAUAACUAAUUAAAACCAAACUCAUAAGAAAAAUGCAUGUGCUCAAUUUUGAAACUUGAGCAGAGAACCCACAGUAGCCGACACCGGGCCACUGGGGUUCUGGAGCCCACCAAUCGAAAGCAGAGGAGGCGGCGGCGGCAACGGCUCUCUGUCUCAAAAUACCCAAAUGGGUUUCUACAUUUAUUUGACACAAAAGGUGACAUCUCAAUAGAAAGUUUACACAGAGUUUAGACCCUCUUGCUUGAGAUCUGGAGGCUCAGAACUAAGCUAAAUGGACAGAGUACCGACUCCUCGUGAGACAGGCGAGAACUUUGAGGAAUAGUUUGACAUUUUUCGGGGAAAAAACACCCAAUUUGUCUUCUUGAUAACACUCAAAACUUCCCUCAAAAUAAUAAACGUUACACUUUUGUCGAUUGGGUUCAACAGCGUCGCCAGUCUGGCUUCCAGAUUCUAAAACUCUAGAAGUGACGGUCCCUGAGUAACCUUUGUGAACGUCAUCGGUGUUGAUCAUGAAUACAGUGACUGAACACAAGAUGUGUGUUUGCACAUUCGGAGACCGACCGGUUCUGUUGUUUGUGUGCACUCUGGAGAUUGUGUAGUCAGCACCGUGUGCCCU